UUGAUCGGAGGUUGUCACAAAGGUCAUGCAAUGGGGAACUCGGCCAGUGAUGGCAUCGAAGCCGGGCAUGCCCACGAGGGCUACCAGGGCUACGAGGCCUACGAGGGCUAUGCGGGCUAUGAGGGCUACGAGGGCUACCGGGACGAGGCCGGGGACGAGGCCGGGGACGAGGCGCCGUCCAGCGAGCUGGCGCUGAAGGAGCUGCCGCGGCUGUGCUGGGAGCUCCGCGAGGGCGAGGAGGGCGGUGUGUCGCCGUCAGCGUUGCGGAGUGCCACCCAGCGCUUGAUCGACAGGUUGCAAUGCCGCAGCGAGAAGGCGCUGGAGCGGGUCUCCGCGGUGUACGCCUCCUUCGAGGGCCGAGGGCUGACGCCCCUGGAGUUCCAGGGCUACGUGGCCUGCGUCCUCACGCAGAUCCAGCGGGACGCUGCGGGGGAACCCGCCGCGGGUUCAGAACCCGCCGCCGGCUCCGGGGAGUCAGGCGCGGCGGCUUCGCCGGCCGCGCCCUUCGCGGCCACGCUGGGCGCGCCGCUUGCGGCGACAGAGGCGCCGAGAGAGGCGCCGACGGAGGCGCCGAAGCCGAAGGAGGCGCUCAGCGACAUCCAGCGCCUCACCCAGGAGCUGAGCUCGCUGAACUUGUCGCUGACGAGGCGCACGGAGGCGGCCAUGGCCAAAGAAGCCAAAGACGCCAAAGACGCCAUCGACGCCAAAGCUAAGGAGGCUGUGCGGGAGCUUCCCCAGGUCCAAAAGGUGCCGGAGAUGGCGGCGUUGCUCGCCAACCUGGACAGCCUGAACCGGUCCCUCGAAAUUUCCAACUCCCCGCCGCCUGGGGCGUGGGCGCCCAACGCAGCCGCUGUGCCCGCGCCAAUGCCAGCGCCAGUGCCCGCGCCAAUGCCCACACCAAUGCCCGCGCCCGCGUGCGCCGCGCCCGUCGCCGGUGCGCCGAAUGUGCCAUGUGCGUCGAGCGCACCGCGGGCCGUGUGGAAUGAGCCGCAGCGUGUCGUCGACCAGCCCCACUACGUGGAGGCGGUCUUUCCAGUGGACAGAAAGCUGCCUGCUGCACAACAUGAUCAAGGCCAUCAAGUGUUUGACCCAGGCAACACCUACGCGCGGGCGCUCCGUCCAGACCACCGGAGCCCGGAGCGCGCGGAGCGCGCAGAGCGCGCGGAGCGCGCGGCGAUGCGCCAGGAGGGGCGGAUGCUCACAGCGGAUGACGCCGAAGGACACUUGCCAGGCAACACAGAGGCCUGCCACGACUCAGAUCAAUUGAGGCCCAUGGCAAGUUCUUGGCUGAACUCGCGGCUGAAGGGAGCCGGCAAAGGCAUCGCCCACGGCUGGCAGGCCUUUGCUGAGACCAUGGACGGCAUCUUCGUGCCGGAGAGCCGCGAGAGCCACUACGGCCAGGAAGCCGAGCAUCAGGAGCCUCCCGAAACGGAGACCUACGAAGCCUCGAGAGAAGGUGACUUCGACGCUCCGGCCCCGAGCGAGGAUGUGCCCAUGAUCUUCAGGCAGCCAACUGUCCAAGAGGUUCAAGACGUCUUGGAGCAAGAGGGCCUGCCCGCCUACGUGGCGGUGGCCAGCGGCGACUUCUGCGCCAAGAAGCUGUGUCUUUCCGGCGCGUAUCUCUACAUCCUGGAGCCAGACUCCUCGGUCCCAGCGGUCUUCCUGGGAAUGAGCGGGUUCUGCCUGGAGGAUCUGCGGCGCGUGGUGCUCGGCCAGAUGCCCGCGGAGAAGCCUCUGCUGUCGCUGGAGUUCCAGGGCGGUUUCCUGCCCGUGCGACUCGGGAGCCCCACCGUGCUGCGGGGCUUGGUGGGCGCGCUUUGUCACGGCCGCGAGGUGCAAAUCGUGCAGCAAGACGGCUGGAGUGCAUGACAGAGGAUC